UUCAUAUAAAGUUCAGCAAAAUCCCAAACGCAUAAUAACUGGCAAUAGCUCGCUCGUAUUCCCGAUCAGAAAACUUCAUCCUUCCAAGUGAUACAGUUGGUAACACGAUAAUCAUGUGUGUGAUGCGAAGUAUCCAAAAUACUAUCGGGGCACAUGACUGCAUGCAACAGUCUAAUGAUCUGGCAAUCCUUUAAAUCCGAGACAAAAUCACAGGGAACGGGUUAUGGUGUCGGUUUGGUAACGCCAUUGACAUUUGUUUUAGCCAGCGAGGUUGUUUACGCGUCUGACAUUAACAUCUUAGGCUGUUAACUGAAAACGACCGGGUUUAGUGUUAGGUUUCCAUGCGUACUUCCAAUCUCAAACAGGAAACCCUGCGUGUUUAGGCAUGAUCUAUUAUAGGCUUCUUAAAAGAGUGGUGCACGUGAUUAAAGUGAAGCAAGUCUUCGCCACGCCUGGUCUCCUAAUAACAGAUGAUUUGCCCUCCUAUACGUUGUCCCCAGGUCUGCUUGUCACAUUUUCAGGUCAGUCUCUGACACAGGUGUCCAUUCGCCCACCUGACUCUUGUCACAGCAGGCCUGGGCUGCCAGAAGCCUCUGGGUGUAGCGUUAUCAGUGUAGGGCACAGGGGGUGGACAGUUAUCUCGGGCGUCUCAUGUAACCCGCAAGUGACACAUUUUUGGCUCCACUGUAUGUGUCACUUCAGUUUGUUCAACAACUUCUUGCUAUACUUGUCUGCUUCGCUUGAUCUGGGACAAUAUUUCUGGCAUAAAAGGAUUUUUUUGACGUCGGGUGAAACAAGAUUAAUAAGUAAUUCCAUGGAAGCACAGAGAGGAACAUCCACCUGUUCUGCUCUCCAUGCCCUCCCCCAAUUCUCUCUUUCCUUUCGUGAAAACAUGACUCGUGAGUUACAGCAACAAAGCUCUAUAUGGACUAGGAUUCAUUGCAACGAAGCCUGCUGUGGAUUAUGAAAGAUCAUCUUAAAGAGAAUAGAGUCUGGACUUGUGAGAAGUAAGUACCACAGGAACCGUUUCUGGAUCAAGACCCCAGGCACCAGCGUCGUAUAUGCAGGCCAGCAUGGCACCUAAGAGCGCUGUCACGGAGUCCGUUCCGGUGCUGGAAAUGGCAGUCGUACAAGAAAAGGAUUCGAAUGGUGGACAGAAUGCAGAGAAGGAGCACGAGAGGGAAGUGGAGAUGUCAGAAGACUCGGCCAGUGAGGAUUCUGUGAACCAUAUCCCAAAGCGGUUAUGGGUCAUGCACGGUGCCGUUAUGUUCGGGAGGGAGUUCUGCUACGCAAUGGAAACAGCACUAGUAACUCCUGUGCUGUUGCAGCUAGGUCUCCCAGAGCAGUAUUACAGCUUAACCUGGUUCCUCAGCCCUAUUUUGGGUUUAAUUUUCACCCCUCUGAUUGGCUCAGCAAGUGACCGUUGCACUUUGAAAUGGGGUCGGAGGAGACCCUUCAUUUUGGCUCUGUGUAUAGGAGUUUUAAUAGGAGUGGCCUUAUUUCUUAAUGGAUCUCUUAUAGGACUGUCUCUGGGUGAUGUUCCCACUAAUCAGCCGGUUGGGAUUGUGCUGACCGUUGUUGGUGUGGUGGUUCUAGACUUCUGUGCUGAUGCUUUGGAUGGACCAAUCAGAGCCUACCUCCUGGAUGUGGCUGAUACAGAGGAACAGGACAUGGCUCUAAAUAUCCAUGCUUUCUCAGCAGGGCUUGGAGGUGCUUUAGGUUACAUGCUAGGAGGGCUGGACUGGACCAAUACCUUCCUAGGUCGAGCUUUUAAGGCCCAAGAGCAGGUCCUCUUUUUUUUCGCUGCCAUCAUCUUUAUCAUUUCUGCCACACUUCAUCUUUUCAGCAUCAAAGAACAUUUAUAUAACCCCAAUCAGCCAGGGGUUCUGAAGGAUGAGGAUGAAGAAAGGCCUACUCCUGUCCAGCUCUAUGGCAGCUUUCCAUCUUCUCGUCUCAUACCUCAACUAGAACUGAUCCCUGAAGAGGAGCUGUUUUCAGUCCAUGAGGAUGACCGUUCUGAGCGGGAUGUUUCAUCAGACUUUCUAAACAUCGACCUGGUGCGGAGUAAAAGUGAUUCUGUUCUAGCCAUGCCAGAAGCUUCUGUAGAGCUUGACCCAGACUUGGACUUGGAUCGCGAUGGGCAAUUUCUGUGCGACAUCGAACCCACUUUGUUCCAGGAUUUCCAGGGACUACAAGAUGAUGGAACAACAUCAGAUUGCUGCAACAACAGCCAUGCAGGUCAGUUCAUUGACCGCCACUUACAGAAUUGCAACAGCAGUGGGGAACACAUCUGUGGAGCUGCCAAAACUGUUAACGGAAGCUUCGCUGUUUCUGAAAAUUUGAUCACUGGAGCAGCGAAUUCCGCCAAUCAACCAGGCAAAGUCAAUUUACGUCCAUCUGGUGUCCCAGUGCGUCGCCGCACCCCUUCCUUCUACCGCCAGCCCUCCUUCACUUUCUCUUAUUACGGACGUGUGGGCUUUCAAUGGAGAAGGCGCUACGGCAACAUGGCUGGGCCGAUCAAAUCUUCACGAAGCCUGAAUGACAUUGACAAAAUCGAUAGACGCCAUGAGCGGCGGAAGUUGCAGCCAAAUCGCAUUUCUGCGUCCCGCAGGAAUGAGGAGGAUGAAGAGAGUGAGGAUGGGGAUGGCGGUACGACGGUCAAACUGCUCUGGUUGUCAAUGCUGAAGAUGCCUCCUCAGCUCUGGCGUUUGUGUGUGUGUCACUUACUCACCUGGUUCUCCAUGAUCGCACAAGCUGUGUUCUACACGGACUUCAUGGGCCAGGUCAUCUUUGAAGGAGACCCAACUGCUGCUGCUAACUCCACCGCCUUGCAGAACUACAGUAAAGGUGUACAGAUGGGCUGCUGGGGGCUUGUGAUCUAUGCAGCUACAGCUGCGCUCUGCUCAGAUGUGCUCCAAAGGAUCUUGAACAACUAUGACCUAAGCAUAAAGAUUGUCUAUAUGUUGGGGACUCUAGGCUACGCUGUGGGCACAGCCAUCAUGUCCAUCUUCCCAAAUGUAUAUGUUGCUAUGGUGAUGAUAAGCACCAUGGGAAUCAUCUCUAUGAGCAUGUCAUACUGCCCUUACGCUCUGCUAGGACAGUACCAUGAAAUCAAAGAGUACAUUCAUCACAGCCCCGGAAACUCACGACGAGGCUUUGGCAUCGACUGCGCCAUCCUGACAUGUCAGGUGUACAUCUCUCAGAUCUUGGUGGCAUCGGCGCUCGGCGCAGUCGUAGACGCCGUCGGUACAGUCAGAGUGAUCCCGAUGGUAGCAGCGGGGGGUUCCUUUCUUGCUUUUCUCGCUGCCGCUUUCCUCGUCAUCUACCCUGAUACGCUUGACGACGAAGAUGAUGACGAUGACGAUAAGUCAGAGGCCGCCUCCAGUAACGGCACAGAGAAAAUGAAGCAAACACCAAGGAACAGUUCCAGCAGGCCAGAGGUUGAAUCCUCAGUUUGAGUGUCGGAACAUAAAAUACUUCAGCUAUUUAAGUACAAAUCAAAAAAAUGCACAAGUAAGUUAAGAUGAAAGAAUAAGAGGAACCUAUUUGAGUCAAAUAUGUGAUUUUUGAGACACUUUCUCUAGCUAUUUAUUAUUUGUGCCCCAUUGUCUACACAAAAGCAUGUUUCGUUUUUGUUGUUUUUUUUUUUUUUUCAGAUUUAUGUCACUACGUUUGAAAACAUUUCACAUUCUAAUAUUUUUAACACAUAUUUCACUUUACAAAUCAGCAUUUAAAUACGAGAUGUACUUUGCAUUUUUUUAAAAAACUGAUAUUUUAUCAGUGAUAAAAUUUGUCUGAUUAUCAUUGUAUUCCCCUCCUCAGCCUCGUAUCACAGGAAACACUCAGGGGAAAGCUGGACGGCUGCUGCUUUUGAGCGCAAAACGCUCACUUCUGUUUAUCUAUGCACAAUGCUAAAUCAUUUUGUUUCCAUUGGUUCUAGAUGUUGAGCAAGACAUUGGUUUUGAGAGUUGCUUUUAGCUCGUAAACUUGAUUUUCUUAGGUACACUAUUUUGAGGUAGGAAGAACACGAGAGCUGAGAAACCGAGUAAGGAAAUGGCUUUGCUGUACAGCAGUGAUUGGCGUGUGGAAUGAAGAAGUGUGUUUAGCUGUGAUAGCGAUCUUUACUUAGUUUCAGCCUCCAUCUCAAGUGAUGACACUCCAGUGGCAGUAUUUUUCACAGCCAAAAUUCACAAUACUGUUCCAGUACUGUUGUGUAGUUUAUAUACACACUUUUUUUUUCACUUAUUUCUUUUAAGAAGACAGGCCAAAUAUUUCCUCUACAUUAGUAACAGAAACUUGCUAAGUGGACUAAAUAAGACAUGGCCUCAUAUGCUCAUAAAUGUUGAUUUUUUAUUUUAUUUUUUUAUGUUGCUGGAAGUGUGACAUCUGUACAGAGGUCAGUAGGCUGGCUUUGUAUCCUAUUUAAUCAAACAGGAAGUUUUUCUUUGUGUGUGUGUGUGCGUUUCAUAAACAAGACGAACACUUUUUUUUCUUUUCUUUAAGCAUUUUUUGUAUAUGUGGUACUGUUGUGCAUUUUUUCAGUGUUUGAACCAAAUUGAAAAUCUAUUCCAGGUGUUUACUUUGAAUUUGUGUUCACUUUCGAUAAAGUUUUACACUUUU